CUCACGAUAUCAUCGCUAGGGGGCCACAUAAGUCAGAGUGUCUGAGAUUCCCUCCAGCGCUCUACGACUGACGCCUCAAGGAUCCUGAGAUGAAGAUCAUAGAACUCUUUUAUCCUUCUAAACACGGAUUCGCAUGAGAGCCCCUCAACAAGUUCAUGUUCAACGCUUCGAAAAUGGCGGACGAUAAUCCAGAGCUGAAUAGCGCUUUGCGGAACCUCGACAGAGAAUUGGAGGAAGGAGAUAUCACGGAGAAAGGCUAUCAGAAACGCCGGACGCUUCUCCUUUCACAAUUUUUUGGCCCUAAUAGCGGCCUCGAAGUUAAUACACCCGGCUCCGGGGGACCUUCUUCAUCGUUGACGAGCUCAAAUUAUGUACCGCCGGCUAUACUUAGCGUUCGACCGCCUACCGCCGACUCUACAACUCAGGGCUACUCUUCAUUCACCAAUGGACGUGACAGCGCCCCGGGUAGCGGAAGCUUCGGAUACGAUCGAAGAAUCAGUGCGGAUACACAACACACCGUUGAUAGAGACAGCGCGUUCCUACAGGCUCUCGACCGAAUGCCCUCGUCUGGCUCAUAUGACUCUCUAUUCCUGCCGAAGUCACAACAAGCAUCUGUCACACCAGAAGACACAAGGACCGCGACACUAUUAAGUCAGAACUAUGCAUUCAACCCUGGUCCUUACCAAGAUCAUUUGGACGAGCCUGCUGGUGUUUAUGAAAUGCCACCACCUGGCGGAAUCACGCGACAGUCGACGAUGCUCGACUCACAGCAAGGAUACUUCUCUGAUUUUGCGGGACAACAACAAGAUGAUUAUAGAGAUAGCUAUGGUGGGGGCGGCUUUCAUCGUUACUCCCAGUCAGAUGCAUUUUCUCCCACUGCAAAUAUGGCACCGCCGUUGAUACCUGCUUCUGAGCUGCCUCAUGGGCCGGCAAUUGAGCAUUUGCUCCCUCUAGAACCUCGCGACAUUCCAUUUGCAGUUCAUGACCCCCAUGACAAGAAUAUGCCGAUGUCUAACUUUGACAACAUCCCGGCUGUGCUUCGGCAUCGCUCUCGGAUCCAUUCAAAACAGGCUGCUUACUGGGUAUUGGACCAAAAAGGCAAGGAGAUUGCGUCGAUCACAUGGGAGAAGCUUGCAAGCCGUGCUGAAAAGGUCGCACAGGUUAUCCGAGAUAAGAGUAAUCUAUAUCGCGGUGACCGAGUAGCACUCAUCUACCGAGAUUCCGAGGUCAUAGAGUUUGCCGUUGCGCUCAUGGGAUGCUUCAUCGCCGGCGUUGUUGCUGUACCAAUCAAUAGCCUCGAGGACUAUCAAAGCCUUAACCUUGUUCUCACCUCAACGCAAGCGCAUCUUGCAUUGACUACAGAAAAUAAUUUAAAAAGCUUUCAAAGGGAUAUUACCGCCCAAAAAUUGAACUGGCCAAGAGGUGUAGAGUGGUGGAAAACUAACGAAUUCGGAAGUUAUCAUCCGAAGAAAAAGGAUGAUGUACCGCCUCUUGUGGUUCCCGACCUGGCUUAUAUUGAAUUUUCAAGAGCACCUACGGGGGAUUUGCGCGGUGUCGUCAUGAGUCACCGAACGAUCAUGCAUCAGAUGGCCUGCCUUAGCGCAAUGAUCUCGACUGUGCCGGGCUCUUCAAAAGUCAGAUCGCAUGGAGAAACGCUCAUGAGCUAUCUCGAUCCCAGGCAUGGGAUCGGCAUGAUUUUAGGUGUGCUUCUUACAGUAUAUGGUGGCCACACAACCGUCUGGCUAGAAGACCGCGCAGUUGAAACGCCAGGCCUCUAUGCACACCUCAUCACGAAGUACAGGGCAACUAUCAUGGCUGCAGAUUACCCUGGCCUCAAAAUAGCCGCCUACAAUUAUCAACAGGAUCCAAUGGCCACGCGACAUUAUAAGAAGAAUUCUGAGCCCAACUUCGGAAGUGUUAAGCUCUGUCUUAUAGACACUCUUACUGUUGAUGCUGAGUUCCACGAGAUCUUGGCGGACAGAUGGCUAAGGCCGAUGAGGAAUCCAAGAGCUCGGGAAAUUGUCGCUCCAAUGCUUUGCUUGCCCGAGCACGGAGGUAUGGUAAUCAGUGUGCGGGAUUGGCUAGGCGGUGAAGAACGUAUGGGUUGUUCUUUGACUCAUGAAAUGGAUCCAAAUGAGCGCGAGGAUUUCAAGAAGGAGGAGAGACAGUCAGAAAAGACCAAAGACAACAGCGGGUUUGGCAGCAGUUUGUUGGGUGGGGUUUCAUCACCAGCUCCUGUCUCAAAAGAGCAAACAAAGAAUGAGCUCCAAGAAGUUCUUCUCGACAAAGAGGCUUUAAAAAGCAACGAAAUUGUCGUCUUGGCCAUGGGUGAAGAGGCUAGGAAGUUUUCUGGGUCUAUGCCACAUGCCGUGCGCGUUGGCUCAUUCGGUUAUCCUAUCCCUGAUGCUACACUGGCUGUUGUCGAUCCUGAGACAAAUUUGCUGUGCACACCGAAUGUGAUCGGAGAGAUUUGGGUGGACUCGCCAUCCCUUUCCGGAGGCUUCUGGGCGCUGCCAAAACAUACUGAAGCAAUCUUCCAUGCACGGCCCUACAAGUUCGAAGAGGGAAACCCAACUCCUGUGUUGGUGGAGCCGGAGUUCUUGCGGACUGGUCUACUGGGGUGUGUGAUUGAAGGCAAGAUAUUUGUGCUGGGCCUCUAUGAAGACCGUCUUCGCCAGAAAGUUGAAUGGGUGGAACACGGACAGGAAAUCGUUGAACAUCGUUAUUUCUUCGUUCAACAUAUGAUCGUCAGUCUUCUGAAAAACGUACCUAAGAUACACGAUUGUACAGCCUUCGAUGUUUUUGUCAACGAAGAACAUCUUCCGAUCGUGGUUCUAGAGUCAUACGCAGCGUCCACGGCACCAGCAACCUCCGGUGGACCUCCACGGCAGUUGGACUCUGUUCUCCUUGAAUCUCUAGCAGAAAGGUGCAUGGAAGUCCUCUAUCACGAACACCACUUGCGGGUCUACUGUGUCCUGCUCACCGCUCCUAACACUCUACCUCGUGUCACUAAGAAUGGCAGGCAAGAGAUCGGUAACAUGCUCUGCCGCAGAGAUUUUGAUUCUGGAACUUUACCCUGUGUUCACGUAAAGUUCGGUGUUGAGCGGUCGGUUAUGAACUUACCAGUUGGAGUUGACCCAGUCGGAGGAAUCUGGUCCCCCCUAGCCCUGACGUCAAGACAAGAAAUGCUUGCCAUGCAAGAAAAGCAGUAUUCGGGCGUAGACUACCGUGAAGUCGUCAUGGAUGAUCGCACAUCAACGCCAUUGAGCAAUUUCUCAACUAUCGUGGAUCUCCUUCAUUGGCGUGUUUCUCGUCAGGCAGAAGAGCUAGCUUAUUGCUCCAUCGAUGGCCGUGGAAAGGAAGGGAAGGGCAUCACUUGGAAGAAAUUUGACUUGAAAGUUGCCGCUGUAGCAAGCUAUCUGAGGAAUAAAGUCAAAGUUCGCCCAGGCGAUCACUUGGUGCUUAUGUAUACCCACUCAGAAGAAUACGUCUAUGCAGUUCAUGCUUGCUUCUGUCUGGGGGUGGUUGCCAUUCCUCUUCCCCCUAUCGAUCAAAAUCGGCUCUCAGAAGAUGCCCCGGCUUUCUUACACGUUAUCAAUGAUUUCAAUGUGAAAGCCAUCAUUGUAAACAGUGAUGUUGAUCAUGUGAUGAGACAGAAGCUCGUUUCGCAGCAUAUCAAGCAGUCUGCACAGGUUCUUCGGAUAGGUGUACCGGCAAUCUACAACACCACAAAACCAGGGAAACAGUCUCACGGCUGUCGAGAGCUCGGUUAUGUUGUGAAAGAUGCAUGGUUACAGGGAAGUACACCAGCAAUGGUUUGGACUUAUUGGACGCCAGACCAGAGGAGGAUAUCGGUCCAUAUCGGCCAUGAUACUAUUAUGGGUAUGUGCAAGGUACAAAAAGAGACAUGCCAGAUGAGCAGUGUAAGACCCGUUCUGGGUAGUGUUCGCAGCACCCUGAGUCUUGGCUUCCUCCAUACCUGUUUGAUGGGUAUCUAUGUUGGGGCUCCCACAUACCUCGUAUCACCUGUCGACUUCGCAACAAACCCCAUGACACUUUUCGUCACUCUUGCACGCUAUAAGAUUAAAGAUACGUAUGCUACCAGCCAGAUGUUGGACUACGCGAUGACUGCAAUGGCUGGGAAGGGCUUUCAACUUCAGGAAUUGAAGAACUUGAUGAUAUCUGCUGAAGGCCGACCACGUAUCGAUAUAUACCAAAAGGUGCGUCUGCACUUCGCUUCUGCAGGUCUCGACCGUACCGCAAUCAACAUAGUGUAUUCUCAUGUCCUCAACCCGAUGGUUGUUACGAGAUCAUAUAUGUGCAUCGAACCGAUUGAAUUAUGGCUUGACCUUCGGGCUCUGCGUCGUGGACUUGUGUGUCCCGUAGAUCCUGAUACAGACCCAACUGCCCUUGCCGUCCAAGACUCUGGAAUGGUGCCGGUGAAUACACAAAUAGCUAUUGUGAACCCGGAGACCUGUACUUUGUCACAUGUGGGUGAAUAUGGCGAGAUUUGGAUACAAUCGGAUGCCUGCGCCAAGGCAUUCUACGGUUCUAAGCAAGAUUUCGACCAAGAGCGUUUUAACGGGCGAAUUGUAGACGGUGACCCUAAUGUGGCCUAUGUACGUACUGGUGAUCUGGGCUUCCUUCACACUGUCACGAGACCUAUUGGCCCUGGAGGACAGCCCGUCGAAAUGCAAGUACUAUUUGUCCUUGGAGGGAUCGGUGAGACCUUCGAGGUCAAUGGUCUGAACCAUUUCCCAAUGGAUAUUGAAAACUCCGUUGAAAGAUGUCACCGCAACAUUGUGACUGGGGGCUGUGCUGUCUUCCAGGCAGGUGGAUUAAUUGUUGUUGUUGUUGAAGUUACAAGGAAAGCUUACUUGGCAUCUCUUGUGCCUGUGAUUGUCGACGCUAUUCUAAACGAGCACCAAGUUGUUGCCGAUAUCGUGGCAUUUGUUUCUCAUGGAGACUUCCCUCGAUCCCGAUUAGGCGAGAAACAGCGAGGCAAGGUCUUAGCGUCUUGGGUCACACGGAAACUACGAUCUAUCGCCCAGUUCAGUAUUCGCGAUAUGGAGGGGCCAGAAAAUCCGUUCUCAGAGGCCCCGCAGCAUCGCGUCAGCCGAAGCUCAAAACCCGGAAGCAUGAUGGGCAACAGCACUCGACGAUCUACCGUGAUUCCGGAUAGCGACUCAGCUGUACCCCGCUCACCAGCUCCAGUGCUUAUGGAGCAGCCUGAAGCACCUGGUUCCUAUCAUGCUACGCAGGAAAGAGAAGGACCGGCGAUUGAUAGCCCGAUCACCAUUCCCGAAACAAUUCCCUCAGUUCCAUACAUCGCGGAACCGACACGACCGACAACAUCCUCAACUACUGGGGGUCUUCCGGCAAAAGCUGAAGUUCCCGCAACGAUUGGAAACCCUGACUUUGGAUUCGACUUCGGUGAUUUUGCUAACUCAGCGGGCACAACUCCAUUGGAAGCAAGCACCCCCGCGAUUGAAAAUUUACCUUACCGUAAUCCUCCUAGGGGCGACUCUCUUGCCCAUAAACAACAGCUUGCUGGUGUUCCUAGUGGUUUCUCAACUGGCCAACCUGAUUUCUACGACAGACGGCCUGACGCACCGGACGUCGGUGCUGGCGACUGGCCACAAGAAGCUCUUAUGUACCAGUCAACGCUGGGAGUUGAUGAUACAUAUGGUCAGGGUGGGGUUCACAAGUACACCCAGCAGUAACAAUGACAUGGCAAGACGGCGGUAUGACGGAAAUAACUACGGGAUCUGAAAACACGCAAACUUCAUCAGUUCACCAUGCAACAAUGGUCAUGACAUAUAGAUGGGGUAAUUAGAUGCAGAUGCUUUGAUAUAGUGUUGGCUGUCUUGUAUCCCGUUUCUGGCAUAGAGAGUACUUGGAGCCCGCCCUUCUCUUUCUUCAUUAUCUAUGUCCCCUAAACAUUUCAUCGCUUUUAUGACUUUACAAAACCCAUUGCCUCUUUAGCCCAUUCCCCCGUGCGCAUUUAUCUUUUCGCUGUUGUCUUCGUUCAAAUGAUUUGUCUGCUUUACACUAUGAACGACAUUCAACGUUCUGUACAUACAUAGCCUAUGAAUGAAUAUGCUACGUUCUUUUAGCUA